AUUUGUGGCUCCGGUCAAAUGAUCCGCUUCAGCGAUAAUUCUCGUGCUUAACGGGUAGAAAGGGAUGUUACCGGCAGGCUUUUACAAGUUUUACCGGGCCGAAGGAGCAGUUAAAUGCAGGAAGUGUUGAAAGAAUGAAUGUUUGAGGAUGGGUAAGGGAUUAUUUGUGUGGAGAGAUGGAGGCUACAUGCACGCGAGGGCCCGAAGCCACAUUUAACCACAUUUAAUAAACAGCAAGUUUAUUAUAAAAGAAGACUAUGGACGGAGACAGCAGUACCACAGAUACCACUCAGUUAGGAAUAACUGGAGAGUAUAUGACCGGAGGGACAUAUGUCUUACAGACCCAGGAUGAUGAUGGGGAUGAAAGUUUUAAUGACCAUGAGGAUGGCAACGGAAGCAAAGACAAUUUCCGAGAGCAAGACAUUUACCUUCCCAUCGCUAAUGUCGCCCGCAUCAUGAAGAAUGCCAUCCCACAGACUGGAAAGAUAGCGAAGGAUGCAAAAGAGUGUGUGCAGGAGUGUGUGAGCGAGUUCAUCAGCUUCAUCACAUCUGAGGCCAGCGAGAGAUGCCAUCAAGAGAAACGCAAGACCAUAAACGGAGAGGACAUCCUGUUUGCUAUGUCCACUCUGGGUUUUGACAUGUACGUGGAGCCGCUUAAACUCUACCUGCAGAAGUUCAGAGAGGCAAUGAAGGGUGAGAAAGGCAUCACUCCAGUCACAGUCAGCGAAGGCCUUGGUGAAGAACUAACAGAUGAGACUUUCACCGGUCAGUUGCCCGCAGGACUGAUCACUGCAGAUGGCCAGCAACAGAACGUGAUGGUAUACACCACCUCAUACCAGCAGAUUCCUGGCGUUCAGCAGAUACAAUUCUCAUGACUGAAGAACAGGCCCGAAUAUAUCUAGUGGCCUGUCCAGUUUCUAGACAGACUUGUCUCUUGCCUUGCAAAGUUUUCAGGUCAGUGCUGGAAGACCAAGAGAUGCCUGGUUACCAGAGCAGGAACAAAAGUGCCUGUUGCCAGGAGGCUGAUUUGAUCUAAGUGAUGUCUUGUAAUUCAUUCAGUAUUAUAUUUCGGCCAGUGUGUUUUGAUUGGUCUGCUUGGUACAGGCCACACCAAAUUAUGAGUUGUUUGUUUGUUUUUGGUUCCUAUUUGGUAUUUAAUAAUUUUUAAAGUUUGGAAUGGGGUUGUGGGAAGGCAGGAAGGCCAUAUUGACCAUUUACAUUCCCACAAUUAAGGGAAUUCUAAUUUGAUAUGACAUUUGAUCUUAAUUAACCUCAUGAACUGACAUUGUUAUGCUGAUUCUUUGAAUAAAAAUGUGAUCUCUCUUUGUUUGAAUAUUGUUCAGCAUGUCUUUAAAAAAAACUUUUAUAGAAAUUAAAAUAAAAAUGGUCAAGAUCAAAAUUAA